AUGUCUGAAUUAACUUCUUUAACUCUACCAGUAUGGACAAAAUUUCCAGUGACUAUUACUAAAAUUGCAGUUACCAACAACCAGCAGAUCAACAAACAAGAUCAGUUCUUGACUUUCAAUUAUGACUCUCUUGAAGAAGUUCCUGACAGUGAUAACUCAAUAGAUGAUAAUUUAAAUCAGAUCUUUGAAAGGCCUAAAAAGAUUUACAAAUUACCUGCUGUUUUCUAUUCCCCUUUUACCGGAAUCAUAAAAGAGAUCAAUGUCAAAAUCAAUGAUGUAAUUGAUAACCCAGCUUUUGUUAUAGCAAAAAUUAGAGAGCCAUGCUCUCAUUCAAUUCAAUUUGCUGGAUUAUGCGCUUCCUGUGGAGCCAUAAUUGAUGAUAAUGAUAACUACCAUAAAAAUUCUAUAACAAUAUCAGCAUUAGAAAAUAAUCUUAAAGUGUCUUUAAAAGAAGCUGAAAAAUCCGAAAAGAAAAAAUUAUUAAAUCUAAUCAGUUUGAAAAAAUUGAUCUUAGUAGUAGAUUUGGAUCAAACUAUAAUCCAUACAACUGUUGAUCCGACUGUAUAUAAAUGGCAAAAUGACCCAUCAAAUCCAAAUUACAAUGUUUUAAAAGAUGUCAAAUCUUUUACUUUGAAUGAAGAUUUACCCUUUUUAAUUUCGAGAAAAAACAAUAUGAACAAGUCAAAUAAAUGUUGGUAUUAUGUCAAGUUGAGACCUAAUCUAAAAAGAUUUUUAGAUAAAAUUUCAACGUAUUAUGAAUUACAUAUUUACACAAUGGCAACAAGAUCCUAUGCAAAGGAAAUCGCCAAAAUAAUUGACCCGGAUGGAAUUUAUUUUGGCGAUAGAAUAUUAAGUAGAGAUGAAAGUGGUUCAUUAUCUCAAAAAUCAUUAACUAAACUAUUUCCGGUUGAUACUUCUAUGGUUGUAAUAAUCGAUGAUAGAGGUGAUGUUUGGGAUUGGUGUCCUAAUUUAAUUAAAGUGAUUCCAUACGAUUUCUUUAUCGGUAUCGGUGAUAUUAAUUCAACUUAUUUACCGAGACAAAAUCUCUUAUUAUCUCCUUCAAAAAGAUUUAAAGAAAUUGAACAAAUCGAAGAAAAAAUUAUGGAAAAUACUCAAUUAAAAAUAAGUAAACUAAUAAAUGAUAAGCCACUAAUUGAUAAUAAUGAAAAUAAUAGUAAGAACACUACCCUUAAUAACAAUGAGAUCAAUAGUCAUGAUAAUGGAAACAAUAAUAACAUUAAUAAUAUUAUUGAUAAUAUCAAUUUUUAUAAUUCCAAUGAAAAUUUCAAUAUUGAUAAAGAUAUAAUAUCAGAUCUUGAAGUACUGAAAAAUAAAGAAAUUGAAUUAGAAAGAUCUCUUUCACUUGAAGUACAGCAGAAUGAAAGACCUUUGGAAAGAUUACAAGAAGAUUUACAAAAUUUAACAAAUUCUCAAAAUAUAGAAAACAAUGACCAACAAAAUCCUAUAGAAAAGGAAAUUCAGGAAAAAGAAAUAAAUGGAAUAAAAGAGGAAAUAAGAUUACUAUAUGAUGACGAUACCGAAUUAGAAUCCUUGGAAAAAAUUUUAAUUAAAAUUUAUAAUACUUAUUAUGAUGAAUUGAAGAUUUUACAACCAAAUGCAUUCAAUGAUAUUGAAAAUAUAAUACCAACAAUGAGAAAUGAAGUAUUCAAAGGUUGUUAUUUCUUAUUCUCUGGGAUUUUUCCAACCCAUUCUGAUAUUAGAGAUUUAGAUACAAAUAAUUGGAUUACGUCAUUUGGAGGUGAAGUAUGUAGAAGUUUGACAAGUAAAGUUACGCAUUUAAUUUGUCGAAACCCAACCACAUUAAAGGCUAGAAUGGCCAGACACUUUUAUAAAGAUAAAGUCAAGAUAGUUCAUCCAGAUUGGCUAUUCAAGUGUGUUAAAAACUGGGAAAGAUGUGAUGAAAAGGAAUUUGAGUUUUUAGCCAAUGAUGAAAAUGAAAUUAAAACUUCAUACCCAGUGAAGCAGGCUGAUCGAGAUCUGGUGUUAGAUAGCAUAUCUGAAUCGUGGAACGGAGACAUUGAUAAAGAAAUCGAAGACUUUAUCAACGACAGUUCUUCUGAUGAAGAUGAUGAAGAUGGCGAAGACGAAGAAGAGGCUGAACUUGAGAAUAAAAAAGGAGCCAGGUCAUUGGUGAUACUAAAUGGCAACAACAAACGAGAAGCAAACGAUGAUUUGCAACUGGUUGGUAGCAAAAAAAACAAAACCAACUAUGACGAGGAGGAAAGCAAUGCCGAUGAUCUUUUUGCAGAGUUUGAAAAAGAACUAGAUGGACUCAUAGACGAGGAUAUGAGAUCUUGA